GAGGCGCAACAUCGCCAGUCCGGGUGUGGGACUCAAACCUGGCAACCCGAGGCUUCUACGCUGACAGCUGCGCUUUGAUUUCAGCUCAGCUGACACAGACAUUUUGUGGGUCAAUCUCAGCGUCAGGCUGCUCUGCCGACGUUCACCGCCUGAUUCCACCCAGCAGAUGGCAGGACGCACCCGGCUUCCCCCCCGCUGUGACCUUUUGCCCCUGCCGCUGGAGGGUCGGUUCGGAUUUUGCACCCCCCCUCUCAACCCUCUGAGGCGAAACGCACAAACACUCAGCGAAUGAGCCACGGGGGGGUUCUCUGCGUCCCGUCCUGGCAGGACUGAACACUGGAUCGCAGACACAGGUCUGCUGCUCCGGAGCAAAGGGACCUCUCCGUUCCUGUGAAGAAGUGUGUCCGAUGGGUGGAGGAGCCACCAGGCUGUACAGCACCCUGACCCAGACGUUCAGCGGCAGCAGCUCGCCCCUCUCCAUCCCUCCGUCCUACCUGAGCCCCCACCAGCCCUCUCUCACAAACCUGGAUUCAGAUUUCUGCCUGCAGCAGGAGGAGGACUCCCCCACAUGCUCCCUUGACCCCGUGGAGCUGCUGCAGCAGUGUGAGGAGGCCCUCAGGGACCAGCCUCCUCGCCUGCUCAGGAACUUUGUCCACACCGGCGAUGGAGGCGGUGACGCCAGCUGCACCGUCAGGGUGAUGCAGUGGAACAUCCUCGCCCAAGCUCUGGGCGUGGGAGUGGACAACUUCGUCCGCUGUCCCCUGGAGGCCCUCAGCUGGUCCCGACGGAAGGACCUGAUCCUGGGGGAGAUCCUGGCCUACCGACCUCACGUCCUGUGUCUGCAGGAAGUCGACCACUACUACGACACCUUCCAGCCCGUCCUGGCCAGCCUGGGCUACAGCAGCCACUUCUGCCCCAAGCCCUGGUCUCCCUGCCUGGACGUAGAAGGCAACAGCGGGCCCGACGGCUGCGCCCUCUUCUUCGACCGCUCCCGGUUCGAGCUCCUGGACAGCGUGAGCGUCCGACUCUCAGCCGUGAUGAUCCCCACCAAUCAAGUUGCAGUGGUGACCACCCUCCGCUGCCGGCACACUGGGAGGUAUCUGUGCGUCGCCGCCACCCACCUGAAGGCGCGCUCCGGCUGGGAGUGGCUCCGCAGCGCUCAGGGGUCGGACCUCCUCUGGCACCUGCAGAACCUGGUCCAGGAGCUCGGCGGCGCCAACGCCAACGUCAAAGUACCGCUGCUGAUCUGCGGCGACUUCAACGCCGUGCCGUCGGAGGAGGUGUACCGACGUUUCGCCACCUCGCCGCUGGGUUUGGACUCCGCCUAUAAGAAGCUGAGCGACGACGGCGGCAGCGAGCCGGAGUACACGACGUGGAAGAUAAGGGGCACGGGGGAGUGCCGCUCCACCCUGGACUACAUCUGGUACACUAAAGACACGCUGAGGGUGGACGCUGUGCUGGACAUGCCCGACGAGGAGCAGAUCGGCCCCGACAGGCUGCCCUCAUACAGCUACCCGUCUGACCACCUCUCCCUGGUCUGCGACGUCAGCUUCAGGGAGAAGGAGUGAGAGCGAGGCGCGCAAGAUGGGGAAGUGUCGACGCCUUGGCGUUGAGGUGUACUCCCUUCCUGCUCCGCUCCACAGACGGCCAGGAAGCUGAGACGUGAGCGAAAGGGCGAAGACGCGAGGAGACCAGGGCUUGAACCCAGAGAGUGACGUGACUGAAAGGUUUUUUUUUUUAAAAAGCGGUCAGGUUGACGAUGCGCACCGCUAAAGUUCCUCCGCUCCAGUUGAUGUUCAGCGCCAGCUUACCGUCUGGUACCUUCACCUGCAAACAAGCUGCUCAUAAAUGAGCUUUUGUUUUUUUUUACUAAAUACUAAAAAUCGGACUGUAAUAAUAUUGUUUCAUGCUACCAUCACAUCGGUGAAAGAAAAUUAAAGUGUUUUUGCUGUAAACCUUC